AAUUGUUUUCAUUAUUGCUUCGACAGGCAACCUACUUGUAUGCAAUGUGAAUAUUUUUUAUUUGUUUUUCAUUAAACUUAACGGUGUUUAUUGUUGUAAAACAAAUGGAUUCCACUAAUGUUCCCAAACCUAGUAGUGAUGACCAGGAUAAUCCCGAUGGGAUAGCAUCAUUCAUUAAAGGUCUGGACGCUAACAAAUAUGCAACGAAGAAAACCAUUUCUCAAGGAUUGUUGGACAUCGCCUUGCUGACAGCGAAUGCGUCUCAACUGAAGUAUAUCUUACAAGUUGGUACAAGACAUGAAUUUUACACCCUGAUGCUCACUCUGAUCAUUAUUUCGAUCAUACUUCAGGUUGUCCAAGCUUCUAUGUGCCUUGUUUUGGGUUCUAAAUAUGAUUUAAAUAAAGUGAAGGACCAUGAAGCUUCCAAUUGGGUCAACAAUUUAGUUUUAAUUGCGAACGUUCUUAUUGUUGUUGUAAAUCUUAUUAUUGGCGUUUUUGAAAUGCAGGAAACUUUUGCGUAGUACCUAUAUGAAAACAAAAUACGAAAUUAUAGUAUCUUCGUGAUUUUCAGACAUCAUCAUAGCUGUUGUGUAACAUAUUUGUGUUGUAUGGAUUAAUAAAGUAAUUGUAAAAGGACAUUAUGCACUGAAGGAACAGCAAUUACCAAAAGUGAAACUUCUAGUUCGUAAUUAUGUACCUACUUUUAUAUGAAACGUUGGUCUGUACUUAAUGAUUAAUUCGUUUCAUAAAAAGUGCCUAAUUUUUAUUUUAGUGCCAUCUAUCUAAAUUUCCAGAUAAUUAAUGUCUUUAAAAAAAUAUUAGGACAUAUCUAAAUAUAAUGUUUAAUAUCUAUUCUGGGCGAACAUUUAUUGCGAUAUUUUUUAUAAGUGAUAUGUUUUAGUGUCAUAUAAAUUUCGUAACAAUUCAUGAAUCUGUUGCAAUCAUAACAGUCUGACAGUGGUAAAAUGCUUGUUCAUUAUUAGAAACAAAUGAAGUUAUUUUAUCAUGAUUUCAUGAUAACCAAUACGUAAGGGCUUAUUAUUGUUAGAGUUGCAUUAACAAUGAAAAUUAUUGCGAAAUAAAUCAUUCCCAAAAACAUAAUAAUAAUAAUAAUCUAAGAUAAUAUCUCCUAUACAAAAGCAGUUUCACUUUUAUAAACAACUAGGUUUGCGUUUAUGUUUUUUUUAUUGAUUUUUAUGUAAAAGUAUUUAAAAAUUGAGAACAAUAUUUAGUACUGUUUUAAUUUAACUCCGAACAAUUUACGUAUGAUACGCCGGACGACUACAUGAACUAAUUUUUAUAUUUCUCUGCAACAGAAUUGUUUUUCUAGGAAAAACGUACCCUAUGUCCUUUUAUAUACCCCUGAUAAUGUGGAUACAAAAUUUCAUUAUGAUUGGCUGAGUAGUUAACGAUGUUUGGGAGGUACAAUCGGAGACAAGAGUACAUAAAA